AUGGAUAGGGUACGUAAGGCAUUGGAUUUCUGCAUCCGCCACCAGACCACUCUGAGUUACAGCAUCGUGUCCCUGCUGACGGCUGGCAGCGAGCACAUCUUCUCAUCUGUGGUGUUCAAGUGUCCCUGCAACUCUGGGAACAUGCUCUAUGGUUCUUCCUUCCUCUUAGCACCUGCCUUCAUCCUCUUGCUGAUCGGUUACAUGGUGAGUGCCAGGACAUGGCGCCUGUUUACAGGCACGUGCUCUCCAGAGAAGCAUCUCCAACGCAGUCCCCGGGGAACCUGUGCCAGCUUCUGCCAGCUGUUGGUGCUGAUGACAGCCAAAGCCUCGGUGGCACCGCUCACCUGGAUAGCGGUGGCCCUGCUCGGAGCCAACUUCUACGAGUGUGCGGCCAGCGGGAGCAACCUCACAGCGAGCCUCUUGUCUAAAGUUAAUGGAAAUUACAGCCAAGAAAUGCUGUUCAAAAUGCCCUGUGAUAAGGAGUUAUCAGCAAGGAUAUCAAGUGAAUGGGUCAGCCUUCAGGCUCAGUCCCAGCUGAUAGGAUGGUUCCUGAUAGCCAGCAUCAUGACUGUGACACUGAUUUCAACAUGUGUCACCCACUGUUGCUCCCCAGUCAGCUAUCUUCAGCUCAAGUUCUGGAAAAUUUACUCAAAAAAAGAACAUGAACUCUUUGAGAUCAAAGCCAAAGAGCAUGCAACCAAGCUAGCAGAAAGAAAUACAAAUUGCUUUUUUGAAGCCACUGACCCAGCACCAUUUCAUACUCCCAGCAAUGAAGACUGGCAGAAGAUUUCAAUCUUAUAUACCUUUAAUUCACAAGAGCAGUAUUACAGCAUGAUACACAAGUACGUGAGCACCAACAGAGGCAACAGCGCCAAAUUCAGUGACGAAGGUCAGGAUCUCACUGUUUUAGCAUUUGUGGAUGAAACCCAGACAAGUGUUUCAGGGUUGUAAUAAAACAAAUCCUUUGCAAUGUUGGCAGUCUUUUUAGCCCUACUGAUAUAAGAAGAGUCUUAUUCUCUGCUCUUACUGAAAUCUAUGCAAACUGAAAGUGAAAGCUGAUAGUUGUAAUCCUCAAUAGAUUUGCUUUUAAAUACAUUUUAAUCCUUUUGCUUUAGUACAUUUAAAUGGGAGUUUUCUUAUGCUGUUGUCCAUUAAGAAGAGUUGUAUGUAAAAU